AACAGGAAGCGAAAUUGCGCGUUCAGACCGGAACGUCCAAAGGCUGGGAAACAGGCAUUAGUUCGAUCAUGGAAUGGGAGGAGUCUCCCACUGCUGGUCAGAGCGACGAGGAUUCCACCUCAUUGGGCGCCUGUGUCCUUUGUCAGUGCUCUAACUUGCUGGAAGGACAGAACAGAUGGCCGGUAACCAGUUGUGUGAGUGGUCAGACGAGGGUGGCUGAUGUUCUACACAAGAAGGUGCCAAACUGCCAGUUUACUGACUGUGAUGACAGUUUUGUCUGUAACAGAUGUUAUACAGUACUGGAGAAGAUAGUGAAAAAACAAGAGGAAGCUGCCUUGAUGCGACAGGAAGGCCUUAAAGCUGAGUUAGAGCUUAAGAUGCUGAUGCCAGCACUGCAACUGCAAGGCUUUACUAAGGAACAACUAAAUAUGUCUCUGCUGAACAAAGAUACAACUGAGACUGAUUAUGAAGACGAUAAAGUAGCAUGGUUUGCCAUGCUGACUGAUUCCAAGUCUCAGCAACUGGUGGCUCAUUGCUCAAACAGAGGGGCAGCAUUUGUGGACAAAAAUUGGGAAAUCCUCAAGACCUUUUCACAAUUUUGUUUCUCUUAUAACAAAGAACCCUCCACUCAGAUUGACCACAACUACUCAAGCAAAGAAAGUGCUGGUGAUAGAGAGCUGAUGGAUCACAAAACAGAUGAGCAUGGAACUGCAGAGUUUGCUCCCUUUGUACCACUGGUUCAAUCAACGUCCAGGAGGAAGAAAGCUGUUCCUGUGAAGGCGGCUUCAUCACCAAGGUCUUCAGGAGAAAAUGUUGUCCAACCUAAACCUGUGGCUGUCAGAGUUGGCAGGAGGAAACGGGAGGCAAAGGUAAAAAACGUGGAGCCUAGCUCUGACACAGAAGUUGACCUGAUUGCUGAGUCUGCUCAACCAAAAUCGCGUCGUAAAAGCACAAGAUCUGCAUUACGACUAAAUCUCAGGACCAGGAAGGGCAUAGGACCUGACAAAGACAAAUCAUAUUCCUCUUUUGCAGGCUAUUCCACUCCAAAGAAGACUGCAGCCCAAAAUAAACAAAACAAGGAUUUUGUUCCAUCCCACAUUGACGUAUUUUCCCUUGAUCAUCCUGGAAAUAAAGAAGUGUCUGAAAAAAUUUUGACUACAUUCCAAAAAAUUGACCCAAAUGAACCCUCACCAGAGACACCAAGAAUUCAGUCAAAACCAUGGGCCUGUUUAAGGUGUAAUCAUGUUACAACUUGCCGGAAACGAGCACUGCAGCACUUUAGGUUAAUGCAUGAUCUGAGAGACCUGUGGUCACGUUUCCACGUCUGCCAGACAAUGCCAGAGAAAGGCAAAGAGAAUGAAGAUCUGCAAGAUCAGUACCGGCUCCAUCGACCCUUCCUCUGUGUGCUGUGUGGUAGGGACUAUGUGAACAAGUCAGCUGAAUUCCACAUUGCCAAAGAUCACCCAGGGAUAACUGCAAAACAGAUACCGCUUAUCAUCAUAAAGAAAGAUGCUAAUCCAAAACUGAUCAUUCUGUACUUGUAUGGUCGAUACCCCAUAACCUACCUGCUUGAUAGUAAAGGCCGUUUGCAAGAGAUCAAGAAGGUUGACACCUCUUUGUUAAAACAGAAAGUUUCCUUUUCUUUCCAGGAAAUAAAACCAUCUGUUCCUAUUGGUAUUGAUGGUGAGUGUAAGGAAGAUGAGGACAACGAGAGCGUGCAGAAGUACCAGGUAGAGGUCUCCAUGCAUGGAUGUUCUCUAGCAGACAAUCAGCCAGGAAACCUGGCUAUCUUUGGUAGUGAAGAGCCAAAUAAACCUGCGGAUGACCUGUCUAUGCUUCGCACAAAGCUCCUGGAGAGAGUUGGUAUUGGCAGUGGUUUACCUACAAAGAAGACGAAAAUCCAUUUAUCAAAUGAAAUAGAUCAGCCCAGAUAUACUUGCAAAGUUUGUCAUGCAGCAUCUAAUUCCAAGAAUAUACAGGAGAUGCAUCACAUCACUCAUCCAAAACAAGUUGGCAAAUGGGAAUGUACCCUUUGUGGGGAGCGUUUUACCAAAGCUAAUCUCAUCCUCAAUCACAUAGGAACCUUCCACAACCUUCUGGCACCCCAAGCUCUGUCCCAUAUGAAAGCUAUUGGAGUGGAAUUUUCAGCAAAACUGCUAUAUGACCAAGAGAGAACAAAGCAUUCAGAUAAUGAGGAUGAAGGAACAAGUUCUACUUUGUCUGAGGGAGCAGGCAAUCGUGAAGGUGAAGGAGAUAAAAGUGUGAAUGAGAAUGAUGAAACAGUGUGUGCCCUGCCUUCCACUGAGGAUAUGAAUGUUUGGAAGAGACAACUUCAAGAGUUGAAAUGCUGUGAAUUAUGUUGUAAGCCAAUGAAGACCGAUGCAGCAUUGAUGAAGCACAUGAGGCUAGCGCAUAAAAUCAGAAACUAUAGAUGUCCAGUGUGCAGCAUGUCUUUCAUCUCCUAUAGCUAUCUUCUUUACCACAUGGAGGAAACGCACAAAGCAUCUAACUACGGGAACUAUUUGUGCACGUCUUGUAACCGAGUAUUUACGUGCAGAAAUGAUUUCCUCCACCACUGUAUUAAUCAUAUUAAAGACAACUUCAGAUGCAACAUAUGCAAUGAUGUUUUGAUGUCUGCAGACAAACUUAAUCUUCAUGUCAAAGGCCAUUAUCCUAAGAGGGCACUACUUGAUACACCCUAUGUCUGUCCAAUAUGCAACAAAAUCAUCAAGGAGAGGAAAAAGGUAGAAAUGCACUUGGUCACACACUGCACCACGAUGAUAGAAGCGUACAGAUGCACAAUGUGCACAAAAACUUGUGUCACUGAACAGGGUCUGCGAAUGCACAUGGAGGGACACAAGAAGAAUAAGGAGAUGGUCUGCCAUAUCUGCGGCAAAGUGUUCAAACGACCCCACCGUCUACGAGAUCACUUGCGAAUGCAUGAAAAUCCUGAUCCUUUCAAAUGUCGAAUUUGUCAAAAGAUGGUCGCUUCAGAGGAGGGUAUGAAAAGGCAUAUUGAGUCGGUGCAUUCCACUACGAGGAAAAAGGAGGUUGUCUGUCAUCUCUGUGGGAAAGAACUUGCCAGUAACUUUUCUUUGACCAUGCACUUGAAACUGGUGCAUAACCCCAACAAGGUAAAAAGGCAAUUGAAAAAUCGCCAGUGCCAGUAUUGCAACAAGGUGUAUUCUAAGCCUUAUCAGUUGACCCACCACAUUGAUGUUCAUCAUGCUGGCCGGAACUUCUAUCCCUGUAAAUACUGCGGGGAAACAUUUAGUAGCCGCUCAUUGUACAGAAGGCAUGUUGAUAUACAUCCGGAAUUUAAGCCCUGGCGAUGCGAAUUUUGUCCAGAAAAGUUUGUGUUUCAGAAAACUCUGAUUGAUCACAUUACAAAGAAUCAUCCGGGCAACGAAAACACAAAAGUUGAAAAACGAUUCGUGUGCAAAAUCUGUGGGAAUACGUACGGUAAGCUUUGGUCGUUGCGAAAUCAUCUGGACGUUGAACACAACGACAAACGGCAGCUGGGUAACUUCGAGAAGAUAAGAUAUUACUGUCAUUUCUGCAACCGUGGCUUCCUUUACAAGACAGGGGUCGAUAUUCACAUGGCCAAGAUGCACAAGGAUGAGGUGAGCGUUGCAGAGGCUGACAUGAUAGCUGUGGAGGCUGUAGCUCACGAGGAAACUGUGGCAGCCGUGCAGGCAGCUACCAAUGACACGUGCGUGAUAGAGGCUCCAGCCACUAUUACACUGGAACAAGAGGCAGCCGUGCAUUUGCUGAGCCAGCUCCAAUUCCAAGUAGAACAGAGUUAUGUCAUACAAUAGAAUGUCUUCUGAUUGGAGAU